CGCACUACAGCGCGCCGGAAGCAGCCUGGGCUUCAGCGCCGCGAAGCGGCCGUGGGACCUUGGGGGCGUUGCAACGAUGCCGGCCACCGGGAAGACCUUCCGCCGGCGCCGGGCCGACUCGGAGUCAGAAGAAGAUGAACAGGACUCAGAGGAGGUUCGAUUAAAACUGGAAGAAACCCGAGAGGUGCAGAACUUGAGGAAGAGGCCCAACGGGGUGAGUGCUGUGGCCCUGCUGGUGGGGGAGAAAGUACAGGAAGAGACCACUCUAGUGGAUGAUCCCUUUCAGGUGAAGACAGGUGGUAUGGUGGACAUGAAAAAACUGAAGGAGAGGGGCAAAGAUAAGAUUAGUGAAGAAGAAGACCUCCACCUGGGGACAUCAUUUUCCGCAGAAACCAACCGAAGGGAUGAGGAUGCAGACAUGAUGAAAUAUAUUGAGACAGAGCUGAAGAAGAGGAAAGGGAUUGUGGAACAUGAGGAACAGAAAGUAAAGCCAAAGAAUGCAGAGGACUGUCUUUAUGAACUUCCAGAAAACAUCCGUGUUUCCUCAGCAAAGAAAACUGAGGAGAUGCUUUCCAACCAGAUGCUGAGCGGCAUCCCUGAGGUGGACCUGGGCAUUGAUGCCAAAAUAAAAAAUAUUAUUUCCACGGAGGAUGCCAAGGCCCGACUGCUGGCAGAGCAGCAGAAUAAGAAGAAAGACAGUGAGACAUCCUUUGUGCCCACCAACAUGGCUGUGAAUUAUGUGCAGCACAACCGAUUUUAUCAUGAGGAGCUCAACGCCCCCGUACGGAGAAACAAAGAAGAACCCAAAGCCCGGCCCUUGAGAGUAGGCGACACCGAGAAGCCAGAGCCUGAGCGGUCUCCUCCUAACCGCAAGCGUCCCUCUAACGAGAAGGCCACUGAUGACUAUCACUAUGAGAAGUUCAAGAAGAUGAACAGGCGGUACUGAGGGUGGCUGAAGGGGAGAAAUGCAGGAUGGGAUGUAAAUAGCACCUCCUCCUCCCACGGAAACAGGUUUCAUGGACAAGACCUGAUGAUUUAUUAGUGGACAGUUCCAAAAACAGACUCUUGGUGCUGCUGCCUACCUGCUGGAUUUUUCAAGCAAUGAAUUUAUAACCUUUUGAAACAAAAUAUACAGUUUUCCUAUUUGGGGACAAACUCUAUUCUUGUGAGCAUUAUUAAAUCUUAUCUGUAAAUAUGUUGACUUUCUGUUUGUUCUGGAUCAGGAGGAAACAGCUAUGUGUUCAGGGUGAGAUAAUACCCUUUAGAUUGUGUUUUUAUUAUAUAUGCAAUCAUGUCUUCUUCCAAAUAUCUGGAAUGGGGUUCAGAACUACAUACUUCAUUGCAGCCUGUCUAGAGUGGAUCCAUCUGGCAGCAGAAAUAUGUAGGAUGGGACCAAAGGGACACUCAUAUUUUCUGGCUUUUACAAAGUUACCUGUUUCUUUUCAUUAAAAAAAAAAAUUCUAUCACUUUUAGCACAUAAUUAUUAAAUACGAAAUGAAUCCA